AUGUCCAUUGAUGGCAGACAGCUCAACUUGGUUACAUUUGAUCCAUGUUCACAGAGUGGAAGUAGCAGGUGUAUCCUUUGGGAGCAUGUGAACCGGCCAGAUGGAUUUGUGGCGGUGCACAUCGUCAAUGACCGACUGUCCCUCCUCCAUGCCACAAGCAUGCUGCUGCAGAUCAAAGGGAGUUGCUUCCAGGAAGUAUCUGCAGCCGAGAACUACUUUGAAUCUAACUUCUUCACAAAACUGAUUCAUCAUGUGAUGGAGAACCUUAAGUACCUUGCAGACCGCAGACGAUUCAGUGGCUCCAAGUCCAUGGACAAACUCAUCAAUAAUGUCUCUGGUAAAGGCGGAAGUCUGUCUGAUGGUGGAAAUCAGUGGUCAUAA